AGAAUAAUAAUUAUUUAAUAAUGAGUUCAUCUCAAGUGGGAUAUUUGGUAACUGCCAAUAUAAUUACUGCAUUUGGGGGAGGAAUAUUAUAUGGAUUAUAUAAAUUAGCAGGAGAUUAUUUAGCAACAUUCUUUUUUAUGGUACUAAUUUUGAUUAGCUUAGAUAAUUUUUGCUGUUGCAUUAGCAAGCAUAAGAAUUUCAGUGGUAAAUGGUUUGUAGAAAUUAUAUGCAGCAAAUAGUAAACGAUGGUCAAGCUAGAAAAUAUAUUUUUUUCAUUCAGCAAAAUUUGGUAUAGCUUCCAAUUUAAUAAUAAAUAUUUUAUAUUGCCUAAGACAUCCCUUUACGAUAUUGGAAUAUUUAAAAAAGUUGUUAACAAUUUCAUCAAUUCCUUAUGUUUUUGUAUUUUAUGUUGUAGUAAUAAAACUGUAAUGUUUAUCUUAAGUAUUAUUUUGGGAUGUUUUAUUUUGGGCUGGUAUAGAUCUGUUGAGAAUAAUAUAAUAUCCAUUUAGAAAGAAAGAAGAAUAAGAGGAGAUAGGAUUAUUAAAAUGGAUAAGCAAAUCAAAAUUAUUUAAUACAAUUUUAUUUGCAUCAGUUUUAUUGGGGAUGAUCUUAAUACUGCCUAUAGCAAUAGCAUUAAUAUAUUCAGAUAUAAUGAAAUACAAGGAAGACUUAAUACCAAAGUUAUAGAAUUAUUAAAUCCCUAAUGAAUAUAAAUAUUAUCUUUCAGCAGACUUUUUUCUCUAACAAUUACAAGGUCAAUAUCUAUCUGAAUAAUAGAUACAGCAAUUAUAUUCAUUUUUGAAUCCUGCAGAUGUUGAUGAUGAGGAUGAAAAAAAUGUAAAUUUAUUAGAGAAAAUUUAUGGAGAACAUGCAACAGAUAUACUAAAAAGCAUUAAUAAUUGUUAGGAUUCAAAAUAUUGUUAAGCUAAAGUUUUCUUAAGUCAUAUGGAUUUGUUAAAUGAAUAGAUAUAUGAGUAUAUGUAAUAAGGUUAUGACUAUGUUUAUACAAUACUACCAUAAUUAUAAUAAUUUGCUUUAGUAAUAGGAUAGUUUUUAAUAAAAGUAUUUAGUGGGAGUGUUUCCUUUUUAGUGAAAUUUAUAAUAUUUUAGUAAGGAGUGAUGUACUUAUUGACAGAGUCUUAAUUUUAUGAUAUAGUGAGUGUAAAGGAAUAGAAAAAUUCAUUUAAGGGGGCAUUAGUUUAAAAUAUAAGUAAACAUAUAACAGGUGUAUUUAUAUCUUUGUUUACAAUAUUUAUGUAACAUUUUAUGUUAUCAUAUAUAUUUUUGGAUAUCUUAUAAAUAAAGUUGGCUUUUAUUUAAAGUCUUUUAAUAGGAUUAUUAUCAUUAACAUAGAUAGUUGAUCCAGGAUUCACAUUUAUUUUGAUAACAGCAAUAUGGUGGUUUGCUGGAUUUAUAAAAGAUUCAGUUCAUGAAUUUUGUAUAAAUGAUGGAUUAACUAUAAUAUUUGGUAUAGGAUUUUAUUUUUCAUCUGGUUCAAUAUAUUUGAAUACUUUUAAAUAGUAAUUAGGAGAUGCAUAUUGGAGUGCAAUGUCUGUAAUAUUGGGAUAUAUUUCAUUUUAAUGGUAAGGAUUAUUGAUUGGUCCAUUAUUAAUAGGUGGUGUAAGAACUCUUUAUGAAAUAUUGGCUUGGUAUUGGGGGGAGAAGGAUUUGAAAGAUGAAGAAACAAUAUAGAAUAAAAAUGAUAGUGGAAAAGCAAUAGAAAAUAAAGUAAGUGAUAAUAAGAGUAAUUUAAGUAAGAAAGAAAGAAAGAAAAAGAAGGAUUGA